AUGGAUUCUGAAGAACCAAGGAAGUUAAAGGAGGGGUUCCUAGUAAAGAAGGUGAGAAACCGUUACGUGGAGAAAUUCGAAAACCUAACAACUGCGUUGAAGCCAAACAACGCUUAAACAACUUGGCACGGGAACUCGGGAAAUUAAUGAAACUACGUACAGUAGCUGACGCUACCGGAAAAAGGAAACGAUGCAGGAUCCUGGGCUUGAUAUUGAAUCGCCGGUUUGUGAUGUUAUUUUCUAUGAAGGAGUGUUUUUCUGGAUGAUUUUUAGUGCAUUUACCAGUAGUCAGUUGUUACAGAUCAAUUUUCUAACUUGUAAUACAGCUAGCAUAAGUUACUGAGGUACAGUCUCAGACAAAAAUAGUUGGGACACUUCCAUUUAACGCUGUUUUUUACCUUCUUGCCCGUCUCCUCUCCCUCCCAAUGUUGUUUAUCGUAGUUAACUCGUCAAAUCUUGUGCACAAUUAUUGGCAGGGCCAGAAGACAGUAAAGUGUCCCAACAAUUUUGACGGAGACUGUAGUAAAUUAAGCAUUGAUUAAUAUGUGUAGAAGUAAUGUUGGUGUUAAUUUGUUCAUUGUGAUUAAUCGAUCAUAACUAAAUUUCCUUCCAGCAUAAAGGUUAUGUAAUGCCAAUUAAUACCUACUUACAUGUAAAUGCAAACUUUUUUCAACCAAAGAUAAAACAAAUCAAUACAAGUGGUGUUUUGAUGGCAGCUCUUUUACAAAUUUCCUGCUAAAGAGAAAUUUAAUUGGCAAGCAAUCACGUAAGAACUCUAUCUUAAGUGUACAUUUCUAGCUGAAAAUCUCUGAUGAAGUAAAUUAAAAGCCCACGUACAGUCUAGGCUAAAUUUCUAGCGACUGAGGACUAAAAGUCUGAGUCAGUCAGGUUUGCCUUCUUCUCCUGUGUACUAAGGAAAUCAGGUGCAGAAAGUGGCCAGUCAUUGAACCCGACAUGGGAUUAUACUCGCAGAAAUUACUUAGAAUCAUAGCAAGAAUAAUAAUAAACGAGACUGUUGAACUUGAAUGCACGGCAAGUGACAAGAUGAGAAAUAGAUUCUUAAACCGUCUGAAACAGACUGGCUGAACAGCUGAAUGGCUAAAGGAAAUGUUUAAAUGGAUGAGGUGGAACAGCCGAAAAGAAAAUUUUUGAACAGAUGUGGUGCUGAAGGAAAUACUUGAUUGGAUGAGGUCAAAUGGCUGAAAAUUUCAUCACAUGCCCUUGGGUAGCUAAAAAUAGAAAAUUGACAAAAUAGUGCAUUUGUUUUCUUAGAGCCUUCCCAGGAAGGCCACUAAUAGAAGCUUUUUUCCUUCUGAAAGGGUCAUGUGCGUCACAACUGGAAGACCAGAUGGUUCAUUUUAUAUGAUGAGACACUGGUGUACUGUAAAAAGAAAAACCAGGUUUGUUGACGUAGUUGUAGAAAAAGUGUUUGGAAAGGUCAUUGAUAAAGAAAAUGCAAAGGAAAUUAAUGUUGACUGAGUGUUGGGAAUCAGAUGAAAAACUGCUCAUUUUUGCAUCCUUAAUUUCUCCUUCUAAAAUCAUUUUGUUUGAGAAGUAAUAUCAAGCAUUCGACACAGUGUUUCAUCACCAGAUGAAACACCUUGUAGAUCAUCAAAAUACUCCGCUGUGCAUCGUAUUUUCAACUCUCUUCUCAUUGUUUCAUCAUCUGGUGAUGAAACACUGCGUCCCAUGCUAGAUAUUUACUUCUCAAACUCAUCAAUAAUUCAUAAAGAAAAUUCAAAGAAAAUUAAUGUUUAAUGAGUGUUUCGAUAUCAGAUGAAAAACUGCUCAUUUUUGCAUCCUUAAUUUCUCCUUCAAAAACAAUUUUGUUUGAGAAGAAAUAUCAAACAUUCGACACAGUAUUUCAUCAGCAGAUGAAACACCUCGAAGUUAGUCAAAAAUACUCCGCUGCGCGUCGUAUUUUCAACUCUCUUCUCAGUGUUUCAUCUGGUGAUGAAACACUGCAUCUCAUGUUUGAUAUAUUACAUCAAGCAUGUGUUUUUGACUGUGAAUUUGCCAAAAUGUGAAAAUGGCUUUGUAUUGUGUUACUCCUACAGAUUAUGCAAGCAACUGGUGAGAUUCCUCUACAAGGUUGCUUUUUAGUGUCACCAUGUGCAGAAUACACCAAAAAGGAGGUAUUUUAUUAUUUCAUUUUAAGUUUCUUGUGUGGUCAGGUGUCCCAAGCUCACGUUACAAUGAUAAAAGGAAAUUUACUUUUGGUGACAUGGGUGAGUCCAUAUUGCAUUACAGGUGACAGUUGUAUCAGACUUGCUCAUAUCACCCAAAGCACCCACCCUUGUAACAUGAGGUAGGGAUGCCUGUGGUGUGAUUACCAUGGGAACAAACAUGUUCAACUGCAGGUAACUUAAGUUCAGUGCACCAAGCUGUUAAACCCUAAAUGAGUGAUAUGGGAAAAGAAAAUGGCAUUGUGUGCAAGGCAUUGGAAGUUUUUCCAUUCUGUUCUCAAGCAUAUCGUACCAGCUACUUGCAACUUUUAAGAGUGAUGCAACCCUCCAAAUGCCAUAAAGUCUUUGCUUGGUUGCCAUUUGGCAACCAACUCUUUUGGUUUAGGGAGACUUUUUACAAAUCAAGUCACCAGCUCCAAAAUUUUAUGUGCCAUCAUGGAAAAUGGUCCCAACUUGGAGGGUUGUGAUGAGACGUAUGGGCAUGCAAUAGUGGAGGUGGGUGCAGGGGAUAUCCAUAAUCCACUGAUAUCUUGCCCAUAAAGGAUGUUGAAUUUUGGUGCAGACAUUAGAUCUGUAACUUACAUAGUCCUGUUUCUAGCCUAAUACAGUAAUCACUGUAUUGGUGACUUGAAUAAAUCAUAAUUAAUGGGAGAUGCAGACCAUGGGGAAAUGAAGGGUGGGGUGGGUGGCAUGCUCUUUUUCUCUAUCCUUUCUCUAGCUCAAUAGGGUAAACACUUGACCCCUACAUUAGGAGGGAGAUCGAGAAUGGGGCUUUUCAGGAUAGGAAAAUGGGGUUGGCUGUCGAAGGGUCAAACGGUAAGACCAGAUGGUCCAAUAAUUUUUCUUUUCUUUCUCAUUGUGUUUUGGUGUGUAAAAAUUCUAGGCUGUCUUCAGAAUAACAUCAAAGGAUAAUGUUGAAUAUUUAGUUCAAGCAGCAAAUGAUGAAGAGCGUGAGGAAUGGACCACAGCAAUUGCCAAUGCAAUCAGAAGAUUAGACAUCAAGUAUAAGGUAACGUUAACAUGCUUAGCUAAAAGCGUUUGUAAUUUCCUCAGGUCCAGUUUGUCCUUUUUUAGUCUUGAUGGGGAAUUAAAAACUGACUCAACUGAAGUGCAGAGUUCAGUAAGAAUGUUAUUUUACAUGCUGAGUUGCAGCAAAAAUGAAGUAUAGAUGAAUAAAUAGCACUGUGUGAAAGUAUUCUUGCCUAGUAGCAAGGGCUGUGCUUUAAGAAAAAUUGCAGGGAGCCCAAAGCUCUUAACCCAUGAAAUCCAGAUGUACCCAGGGGAUUUCUGAUCUCUCAAGGGCAAAAGUAAGUCACUGUUGUAGCUAAUUUUUUAGCUGCAGUAAUUUUGCUUUUUCUUUUGUUUCAACUUCAUUAACAUGCAUUACCAUACCCAAAAACAACGAAAAAACAAAAAAAUUCCCUAAGAUAAAAAGUUAACUACAACAUCGCCAUUUGGCCAUCAUAUUCUGCAAGAGAAUAUAUUUGCUUACUUACUUAGGUCAGGAAUCAUCCUGAGCUGUCCUAAUAAAAUCUUUCCACGUGACCUGAUCGAACAUGGCAUCUCUUAUCUCUUUGGUAUUGUCCAGCUAGAGUAUAGCUUUCAUUUACACGUAAAUGAACACUCAGGGUAAUUUUUCCACAAAGAAUGAAAUUAAAGUUAGAAUUAAUAUUAACCUCAUUAUUCAUUUAUUGUAUUUUGCUUUAAGCAUACAAAGUCUGAAGUUCCUCACAGCAGAAGUACUUACUCACAGCCAGCUUGGCAGUUUCCACCCACCCAAAUAAGGUGUUAUGAAAUAAUGUUUCCUGGUUGUUUGUGCCUGUGAACCCAAAAUAUCAUGCCAGUUUUGGUUUAAGUUAAAGUCACCAGGAGCAGAGGCUUGAUGGUGUCUACCUAAUAUUUUAUCUUUAAGCUUUGAUAGUCAGUUGAUUCGGGAGUGGUAAGGUUUACUUUCCUAAGUAUAUGGCCAAGUGGAAGCUUCUUUUCUUUGCCAGCAAUCUAAAGUGUGAUUGCCACAAGAAGUCAGCCUCAUGAGUUUCACAGCAGAAAAGCUGUGCAGCAAGUGAAAAUGCAAACAGCCAAGCAAAGGUUGUGAAGUCUUGUGAGUUCCCACAGGCCAAAUUAAAUAGGGUUAAGGACUUCUUUGAAUAUCUCAUGCUGCUCCACUUUGUAUUUUUUAACUUUUAAAGUAUGGUUAUUCUGGUGAUUCAGUUGAUCAUUGUGGUUCUAUGCAUUUGAUUAUUUUUUACUGAAUUAUUGUUGUUGACUUAUUAAAUAACAAUACUUAAAAAUUAACUUUUUUUAGAGAAAUAGUAGAAGCUAUGCAAGAUGUUGAUGCAGGAAUACCUCUUGAUACCCACAUGUGUUACAAAGAAAAUAAAGCAUACAAACUCUGUUUUAAUGGUGAGAAUAUCCUGGAUAAUAAAUUAUUACAUUCUUUAUUUAUUCUUAUUGGUUGGAAAACACUGAGCUGAGGAGUGGAAACUUACUUUUGCAGGAAUUCAAGUCAUUGACUGGUUACUAAAGUGGUCAUUUGUACACAACAGGGAUGCAGGAAGGGACUUGGCUUGUGUGUUACUAGAAGAUGCCCAUCUGCAACCUGUAGGACUAACAAGUACACUCUCAUUCAAGCAGAAAACAGAGUUUGAAAAUGCUGCCACCUUUCUUGAUGACACAGAUGCCCUUUACAGAUUUGUAAGUAGUUUUUUUGAAGCACUGCUGUGCUUUAAUAAUUUUUUCUGUGAUAAUAUAAAACGGAGUAACGUGAAUGUUCUUUUUUACCAGUCUGCGCUUAGACAUAGUGCUCAGAAUGAACCUCUCGAGUUAGAGACUUCUGAUGAUUCCAGUGAUUCAGAGGAUGAAAUCCCAAGAGAUCAGGUAUUACUGAAGAUGAGGCAGGGUCAUUUACUGAUUCCUUGAAAGAUGGUCAAGAUUGUGCCAGGUUUAAGGCAAAGUUUUCUUGUUUAGAAACAUUUGAAGCUUAUAAAAUAUUGUUGACCCUAUUUAUCCAGAGACCCUAUUAUGAUGACAGAAUUAAUGAUACUUUACAGUCUUUAGGAAAGGAAUUACAGUGUGAAAUAAAACAUUUUAAUGGUAAUUGCCUUUCAGGAACUGGCCCUGAUAUUUUGGUAGAUUUGAUUUGCUUUAAUUCUAAAGUUGGUAGAGAGUAAGAGAUGCUCUGGGAAAAGACCAGUCAAAAUAUUUACCAGUUUAAAUGUUAGCCUUUUGUUUGCGUUGUCCCUGUGUGUCCCGUACUCUCCAGUAUGGCGUUUUUGUACCAUGCGAGUGACUAGCUGCAAAAACCUCAGAGGUGACCAAAGUCAAAUGAGACAGAAAUUCCAAAUUUCAUUUUAAAAAAUGCUGAAAAACAAAUAUAAGUACCUUAUUCUCCUUCAUUUUCGCGGGAAUUAAAUUUCGCGAAAAUUUUUUUGGCACAUUUCGCGAGUCUUUAAUUUCGCGAUCACGGAGAACAUUGUGUUUGCAGGGAAUUUAAUUUCACGAAAUCGACAAUUAAGUGACUUUAUUUUUUCUUUUUUACAAAAAUUGUUCAUUAAUCAACAGUUGAAACAAAACAAAUAUACUGUCCCUUAGCGGCAGCCGUAUUCCUCUAAAAGUCAGUGUUACAGUAAUAAAAAAAGUCUUCUUGUUCUUCUGAGUCAUCAUCGAGUAUUGAGAGUAUCGUUACAUGUCCUUUCUAGGAGAUCUCAACAGAACCUUCAGUCUCUUCAAAUGGAUCCUCAGGGGGAAGACUAAACGAUUCAUCUAAUAGUUGGGCGAUGCCAGCCUUUCCCACCCUUUAGUGAUGUGACAAUUUUUAAAAUUUUUAAAACUAAACUAGUGAGAAGCACUCUGCAAACUGUUGCUGUAAAACUUGCUUAUUCUCCUACGCGUUUCGUCCUACUAAUGUAGACUUCUUCAGGGAGUUUUACAAUCAAGUACUAAACGCCUGUAUUUAAGCCAUAAUAUGACUAAAACUAAUGAUGGUCGCAAACCUUGAAGGUUUGGCCAGAUUUACGAAAAGGAACAGGCGCAGCUGUGAAAUUUUUUACGCAAGGCGUGAGAAAACUUUGGGGCCACGGUUUUUGCCAAAAUAAGACUAAACAAGUUUUACAGCAACAGUUUGCAGAGUGCUGCUCGCUAGUUUAGUUGAAAAAAUUUUAAAAAUUAACAUCUAAAGUUGAUAGAUGAUAGCUCCUUGUACUAACACCUUGUGUUAAAAGUCGUUUAGGACCCUUGAAAACACAAAUACAUAAUUUUCUGUGUCCAUUAAAUUUUGCGAGAUCAAAGUUGGCGUCGUUAUUUUUUGCAGGUCUUUAAGUUCGCUAAUUUUUUAAAAUUGCGAAAAUCGCUAAUUUAAGAACCUGCGAAAAUUAAGGAGAAUAAGGUACCAUUAAUCUAACUUUUAGCUUAAUUUUCAAUUGACUGUUAUCUUACACUUUGAAUUGACACCUGUAUUAGAGACUUACACCUUAUUCUUUAAACUGAGUUGUAAACUGAAAUAUGAGUUCUGGCCAGACUUUCAAUAUUUCAUAUUUUACUUGACUUUUGACAUCAAAAUAUAAUGUUAUAUUCAUUACUUGUUUCAACCAGUGUGGGGCUAUCAAAGGGAAUAUUGUCAAGCAAGGGUUUCUUCAGAAAAAGGUACUUGUAGCCCGCAUUUUCAGUAUCAACAUUUUCAUAUAUGGUCCAACUUCCUGCAAGCGACCACCCAAAAUGUGAAGAGUAAGUGGUUGCUUAAGGGAGGUGGUUGCUUAUGAGAGUUGAACUGUUGGAGGUCUUCAAUGAGAAAACGUCUGGACAAAUCUAAUUUUUGGAGAGAAUGUAUAACAUGCAUUUUUUUACGGGUUACAAUAACAAUGAAUGUAAAUUUUUCUCAUACUCUGAGUUUUAACCUGAGUAUCAGAUCCUCCUUAGGGGAAAAGAAAGCCUGAUACUCAAGUUAUCUGAGUGGCAUAGUACAGUGGACACAAAGAUCAGACCAUUGUAUGAAGUGGUCGCUUAAGGAGGUUAAAAGCAAUGGAGAAUUAUAACCCCGUCCCACCAACUAAAAAGUGGUCACGGACGCUUGCGAGUUUGGUCAUUUACAAGAGGUUCGAACUAUAAGGGUUUGGGUGGGAAAAUUUUGGUGUUUUGGAUAACCGAUAAGUGGUCGCUUAUGCGAGGUGGUUGCUUACAAUAGGUGGUAGCAAGUGGAGGUUUGACUAUAAUUUAUGUUAUUAGCUUAGAUUACUUUGUUUAUAUUGUCUUUCUUGCCUGGGAACAUACUUUUGGAUCUACUUUGCCAAGUGACAGAAAUGUUCCAUUCACUGAAAUCUUUGGGUAUUUCCUGGACAGUUAUGCUUAAAAUUAAUGCAAAUUAAAAACACCUUCAAAUAUCAUUUAUACUCAGCAAUAAUAGUCAUAAUAAUAUUUAUUAUUAGGGUCAUGUCCGACACAACUGGAAAACAAGAAAAUUUAUCCUUUGUACUGAACCAACCAUGUUGUUCUACUGCCGACCGUCUAAGGUAAGAAGAGUCUCAACUCAGCCUCUACUGAUCAGCCAGUGUCGAUGUAAGAAUACUGUAAACUGCCUUUUAUAACCCUUUGGCAUAUACAUCUUCACAAGGAGUUUUAGGAGGGUUUGUAAAUGCAGUUGCUUAAAGGCGAGAGGCCAAAAGAGAGUGUUUCUAAACAAGCCAUUCACCAUUUUGCACUUCUCCCAUAAUACACCUUUUUUGCCCCCCCAAAAAUUUUGCAUAGCCUUUGUUUCUCAUCUCUCCUGGGUAUAUGAAAAAAAAAACCAUUUUUUCAGAAAGAGCUUAGAUUAGAAUAGAGUAAUUAAGUUAAGUUUUUAACUGGCAAAUGACGUUUACUACAUUAAUAUAGUUAUCAUUUUAUGUCAAUUUCCAUUUUUUAAAAUUUCCUAUUUACCUACUAUAAGAAAGAAAGAGUAACAUGCGAAUUCCUAUUUCACACCAAAAAAUGUCAUUUUCCACCCUGGUCAUUAGACCUGGCAUCGGCAGAAAAUACAAUAAUAAUAUUAUUAUUAUCAAUCAUUACUUAGAUUAGAACGCCAACAAAAAGAUUUCUUGAAGUCAACGUCGAAUUUGCAUAUUACUCUUUCUUUCUUACUCAUUUGGAAAUCUAACAACAAAUACAUUCAUACACUCCUGUAGUUCCUUCAACUGAACCAUGACCACUUCCAGACCGAAAUGGACACAGUCUAAAACCCUUUGGGGCAGCACAUAUCUACAUGACUUAUAUAAGGGAGUAGCUCACCCCCGCGGCUGUAACAUUCCAAAAUGAAUGACCCUUUCUACAUUGAAAUGUUUCAAUGUUUUGCUUCUCUGUUACUGUAAACUGCCCAUUAUAAACCCCCCUCCUCCCCCCCCCCCCCCCACCUUAACCACCCUCCUUCCAUACCCCCGCCACUUCCCUUAGAAACCACGGCGACCACCCCCCCCACACAAUGCCCAACGGCGCUCCACACACCCUCCUGAUCACCGACAGCGGUGUUUGUUAUUUUCCCUCCGACACAACCCCCCCCCCCCCCACUUAUAGGCCCUCCCUGUUACAGGUCCAGGAUCAGGAUUUGGAGAACCGGGUGGCACACCCCCAUCAAGAAUUCCCACGAGUACAUGUACCCGCCCGGGUAUUACAGUGAUGGUGUGUAUUUAAUUCUCCGACAUAACCACCCGUUUUCUGUCAUUCAUUCUCCAUUCUGCAAUAUGUCCUCUCUUUUUUCGUAGGAGUCUACUCUGGUUGGUCAAAUAAAAUUACUCAACGGUGAAGUAAAGACUCUAAAAAAUGAUGAUGAUCUUGCUGGAGCCGAAUGGGAUCAGGGUAAUAAUUUUCAGCCAAAAAUUUUUUUACCUGUUUACUGUAAUUGUUAUUAGGGCUAUUUAUACCUGCCAACUUUUUCUGACUCAAUUGCGUAAGAUUUUCGUCUUAUCAUUACCGCCAUUUCCCAAAACGUUCCAGCGGCUUCCGAACAUUUCCUAAGAUUUUCCGAAGACUUUCGAACGUUGCCGAAAAUGUCCAAAGAUGUACUGACAACCUUCGAGCACUUUUAAAGCCAUUUCAAAGGCGACAAUUUUAGCGUGUUGUGAUAAAGUUUGGACACAAAAACACAAUAAAGCGUAAACUCUUCUUGAUUUUUGACAAACAAAGUAUAGUGCAGUCAAUUCAUUUGUGUUACUUGAAGGUCUGAGAAAAAAGAAAUGGAACUAAGGUCUUUGAAAGGAGGCCCUAAUUUAAGCAAAUCAACCGGUUUUGUUUUUGUUUAAGCAUGCAAUUUAUCGCAAUAUCGCGCUCUAAAAUAAAUCCAAAUAAUACUAAGGUGAUGGAGCUUUUGAGAUUUUCCCCUUGAUUUAUAAUUUUUUUCUGAUGGGGUUGCUUAAAACCAUUGACAGGAAGCGGGUGGGUAGCCUGUGGCUAACUCAUAUAUUGCUGAGAAAAUAAGGUAUAACUGUUGGAUAAUCGACUACUGUGAAUGUUGGUUAAUUUUGUACAGGAAACAAGAAGCAGACAACUGGAUAUACCUUUCUUCUUCGUACAAGGAAAGGAAUAAAGUACAUUUUUCGAGCGGCAUCUGAGGAAGACAGGAUGGACUGGGUACAGGCUUUACAAUCUGUUUGUGAAAAUACCUGA